AUGGCUUUUGCGCAACAACACCGUCCCCCAACCUCUCGACAGCUUUCGUUCCAUGCACCCGAGCCCGCUGCGGCGGUUGCAACCAGCUCGCAGCAACUCAAGCGCCGCCUCGAGGAGUCGGAGGAAUGGGUCCUCUUCUCGCCAACGGCCCCUUCGACGAUAGCCCGCACACACACCACCUCGACCGAACGUACGCCACGCACAGCUGGUCUGUCGCGCUUCAGUGAGUGUGGCUCGCUCGACACGGCGGCCCGCUCAGACCACGAUGACGACAACGGCACCUUCCUGGGCACCGAGGAGGAGCUGGACAGCCUCGACGACGGACUGCAUGCCUUCCACGAGCCCUCUGAGCAUGCUCUGCCCGCCUCCAGGCUGCAACAGAGCGGCGACACGGUGCUGCCCAACCACGACGGACUGGGCUCCUUCCAUCCAGACGCCACCAUGCAGGAGCACAUGUGGCAGUUCGAGCGCUCUCCACGCAGACGCGCUGCGAGACGGCGCUCGAGUGUGCAGCGACACUUGACCGUCCUCGACGACACGGACCAAGUCACGCAAGAGCAGGAGCGCCGACAGCGCAUCGAGAAGUGGCGUCUGGAGCAGAGCAAGGCCGUGCUUGAGGAGAUUGAGCGCGAGACACGGAGGAGACGACGCAUGAGCAUGGCCACGUCAGCUCGCAGCCAAAGAGACACUGCACGCCAAGACACAGCCAGCUCGACCUCUUCGGCGGCCUGCACUGUCACGAGCGAGCAGAGCGAGCAGAGCGAGGGCUCAGACGAGGGUACAGAGAACAUGUCCUUCUGGCAACGACUCACCACGCGCGUCAUCCGAGACCUCAUCGGUCUCGAUCAGGACACGCUUUCCGUCAUCUUCGGCGAGACGCUGCCUGAAGAAGCCAUGACGCCACAGGCUGCAUCUCCAAUGCUUUCUCCGGCCAACCAAGCACUACGAGACGCAGUGGCAGAUGCCUCUGCAGACCCUGGAGAGGACUGGCAGACGCGAGUGCUGGAGCGCGUAGCGCAGGAACUUGGAGUUCUGGUCCACCAACUCUCUGAGCAUCCAGGUGCCUUCUCCACCUACCAGCGUGCGCAGGCAGCUCCCGAGUAUGCAGGCUUGGCACCAGCUGUUGCGACUGAUCUCGCGUCCUCGCUUCCAACCAGCUCGCAGUCCUCCGCCCACUCGCCCGCUUCGGUGCAGUUCGCGGCGACAUUUCCACCCCAACAAACAUCACACACUUACAGCGAAGCAUCCUUGUGGGGCAUUGAGGAGGAGCCCGAUGAGGUCGAUGCCGUGGACACGUCUCAGCCAGACCCGGCUGCUGCUGCACGAGCUGUCACCGAGGACGCCAUCCGCGAGCGAGAGUACUGGGAGCGUGAUCUCGACGUCAAGAUGAUUUUCAGCGUUCUGGUGAAGCGCUUUACAUCUCGACGAUCCAGCACACCAACGCCCACACGACGAGCGUCCGCCUCAACACACACUACAGACGACGGUGCUGCAUCUGCCCGUCGCGCGGCCAUGAUUCGCCAGAACCACCCUUUGGUCAGCAGGACGACGGAUAGAGGGCUCCCGACGUCGUCCUCGCCACAACCCAGGGAGGCGAAACGACGGGAUUCUUCAACCACAUACCGCACGCAUUUCAACGCGCAGAGCAGUCUGCGGCAGAAGACGUUGAGGAGCAGUUCCAGCUGCGCGAGUCAGAGCACGAAGAAGAGCAAACGGAGCGGGAGCAGCCAGAGGAAUUACUGGGACCUGGGCGGCAGCGUAGGCAGUGGCAGUGUGCUCGCCGGCGAGAUCUAG